AGACUACUUGGGGUGCCCAGGAAUCCCCCCGUGCUUCCAUCCCACUCUUCACCAGAGUCUCAGGAAGGCCUGAGACAACCUGGGGUCAGGAACCUUGGGGUGCUCUCCAGGACAGGUUUCUGCAUGCUCAGCUCUGACAGCCUGGAGACUCGCUCUCCUGCACCUGCAUCCUUGAGAUGCCAAGGUUUCCCUACUAACCACGUGAGGAUGCUUGGGGUACUGCAGGGACUGACAACAGUGAGUGGUGUCAACCUAAAGAGAAACUCAGGCUCUCCAGAAUAAAUGAAUUUAAUCAAGAAUAACACACAAUUGCAAUGCAGAGUAUGCAAGCUUCGGUGGGCCACAGGCAUAUGGUCGUGGGGGGGCAUUGAGGAAAGGGAGAAUUUUUUUUUUUUUUUGAGACUGGAUCUCACCCUGUUGCCCAGGCUGGAGUGCAGUGGUGCGAUCAUGGCUCACUGCAGCCUUGACCUCCUGGGCUUAGGUGGUCCUCCCACUUCAGCCUCCAGAGUAGCUAGGACCACAGGCGCACACCACCACACUGGACUCAUUUUUUAUUUUUUGUAGAGACGGGUUUCACGUGUUGCCCAGGUUGGACUCCUGAGCUCAGGGGAUCUGCCCACCUUGGCCUCCAAAAGUGCUGGGAUUACUACAGUCAUGAGUCACUGUGCCCCGCCCAAGGGAAUUUUUUUUUUUUUUUUUUUUUUUUAUGAGACAGUCUUGCUCUGUCGCCCAGGCUGAAGUGCAGUGGUGCGAUCUUGGCUCACUGCAACCUCCACCUCCUGGGUUCAAGGAAUUCUCCUGCCUAAGCCUCCCGUGUAGCUAGGACUACAGGCGCCUGCCACCAACCACGCCUGGCUAAUUUUUUUGUGUUUUUUGUAGAGCCGGGGGGUCUCACCAUGUUGGCCAGGCCAGUCUUGAACUCCUGACUUAAAGUGAUCCACUUGCAUCGGCCUCCCAAAGUCCUGGGAUUACAGAAGCCACCGCACCUGUCCACAAGGGGAAUCUUUUAAAAACGAGAAGUUCCCAUAAGCUGCUUUGAAACCAAAGGUUAGAAGAGUUUGCCGCAGGCGCUCCGUUGCUAAUGUAUUUGUGAGGGCUUCUUCAGGGCUUCCUGUUAGAGUGUGACAUAAACGACGUCAUUUGGGUACCGGCAAGUGUCACAGGGGGCAGAGACCAGCAGAAACCUUAAGAUGACCCCUAGAAGAGCAGGGGGCCAGGGGAACAGAGUUAGACGAGCCACGUGCUAAGCAGGACAUCGCUGCCGGGGGAGUCCUCCAGACACGCAGAAAUGCCACAGUCAGGACCGUGGGACGCAGCGGACUCGCCCAAGGGGCGGGGGCAGCCUGGCCAGGAGAGAAUGAGGGAGGCGCCGGGCGUGAGGUUCGGCAAGGGAGAACCCAGGCAGGGAGGGCCUCGGGCGGCCACGGACGCCGCUUUGCCAUUUUGGGCGUUUUUGGGGAGGACAACGCGUGCAGGAAGCGCAGUCAUCUCAAGCUGACCUCCAAGGCUACCGAGUUCGAGGGCUGGGAGCCGGGUCUGAAAGCCCCGACCCGCCUAUGGCGCGGGGGCUGUGGGUCCAGCUGGCCGCUUGGCCCCCUCGCUCGGCCCCAGUCCAGGCGCAGCGCUCGGGCCCUGGGGAUCGUGAGAGGCGGCGCAGCCAGCUUAGCUCGGGGUAGCAGUCACCCCAGCCCGGGUGCCGCCCGGCCUGGUCCGCGACUUCGGGAGGGUCCGGUCCUUCCCCCGGCCCCCACGCCUGGGUGAGGCCCUGGGCUUCUUGCCGGUGACCACGUGGCUAGGGUGGCCCCCAGUCCAGGACGGCGCCCAAGGGCAGCCCAGCCCCAUCCCCGCGCCGCGGGUCCCGGAACCGAGGCGCCGGGCGCGGGGACUCCCUGCCAACAUGGCGGCGCCGCCCGGGCGCCUCCCUGGGUCCCGAGUGUCUGCGUCUCCCGUGAGGGCGUGGACAAAGCCGGUGCAACCCGACGACAGGAGGCGAGACAAGCCCAGCUCCAGACCCGUGAAGCUAACCGCGUGGGAGCCCCAGACAGCGACCACGCCCCAGGAGGAACCAAGGCCCGCCCUGUUGCUACAGCUACGCUCUGAGCACAUCUGGGCAGGCGCUGCCGGACGCAAGCGCAAUGAACCUGAGGGCAGGGCGGAGUCGCAGCAGUUCUCUGACGCAGCCGCCGUAGAACGCAGCCCCGUACGCUGGAACGUAGCGGAGACGGGCGCGGGCGCAGUGGCCUCAUGGAGACGCAGCGCAUGCGCAGUGGCGUAUCCGUGCGAUGGGCGGGCUGUUGACGGCGCUGCGAUGGCUGCCUGCGAGGGCAGGAGAAGCGGAGCUCUCGGUUCCUCUCCGUCGGACUUCCUGACGCCGCCAGUGGGCGGGGCCCCUUGGGCCGUCGCCACCACUGUAGUCAUGUACCCGCCGCCGCCGCCGCCGCCUCAUCGGGACUUCAUCUCGGUGACGCUGAGCUUUGGCGAGAGCUAUGACAACAGCAAGAGUUGGCGGCGGCGCUCGUGCUGGAGGAAAUGGAAGCAGCUGUCAAGAUUGCAGCGGAAUAUGAUUCUCUUCCUCCUUGCCUUUCUGAUUUUCUGUGGACUCCUGUUCUACAUCAACUUGGCUGACCAUUGGAAAGCUCUGGCUUUCAGGCUAGAGGAAGAGCAGAAGAUGAGGCCAGAAAUCGCUGGGUUAAAACCAGCAAAUCCACCCGUCUUACCCGCUCCUCAGAAGGCAGACACCGACCCUGAGGCCUUCCCAGAGAUUUCGUCCCAGAAGUCACAAAGACACGUCCAGCGGGGACCACCUCACCUGCAGAUUCGACCCCCAAGCCAAGGCCUGAAGGAUGGGACCCAGGAGGAGGCCACGAAAAGGGAAGAAGCCCCUGUGGACCCUGUGGAAGGAGAUCCGCAGAGGACAGUCAUCAGCUGGAGGGGAGCGGUGAUCGAGCCUCAGCAGGGCACCGAGCUCCCUUCAAGAAAAGCAGAAGUGCCCACCAAGCCUCCCCGGCCACCGGCCAGGACACAGGGCACACCAGCGCAUCCAAACUAUCGCCAGAAGGGCGUGAUUGAUGUCUUCCUGCACGCGUGGAAAGGAUACCGCAAGUUUGCAUGGGGCCAUGACGAGCUGAAGCCUGUGUCCAGGUCCUUCAGCGAGUGGUUUGGCCUUGGUCUCACGCUGAUCGACGCGCUGGACACCAUGUGGAUCUUGGGUCUGAGGAAAGAAUUUGAGGAAGCCAGGAAGUGGGUGUCGAAGAAGUUACACUUUGAAAAGGACGUGGAUGUCAACCUGUUUGAGAGCACGAUCCGCAUCCUGGGGGGGCUCCUGAGUGCCUACCACCUGUCUGGAGACAGCCUCUUCCUGAGGAAAGCAGAGGAUUUUGGAAAUCGGCUAAUGCCUGCCUUCAGAACACCGUCCAAGAUUCCUUACUCGGAUGUGAACAUCGGCACUGGAGUUGCCCACCCGCCACGGUGGACCUCCGACAGCACCGUGGCCGAGGUGACCAGCAUUCAGCUGGAGUUCCGGGAGCUCUCCCGUCUCACAGGGGAUAAGAAGUUUCAGGAGGCUGUGGAGAAGGUGACGCAGCACAUCCACGGCCUGUCUGGGAAGAAGGAUGGGCUGGUGCCCAUGUUCAUCAAUACCCACAGCGGCCUCUUCACCCACCUGGGCGUGUUCACGCUGGGCGCCAGGGCCGACAGCUACUAUGAGUACCUGCUGAAGCAGUGGAUCCAGGGCGGGAAGCAGGAGACACAGCUGCUGGAAGACUACGUGGAAGCCAUCGAAGGGGUCAAAACGCACCUGCUGCGGCACUCUGAACCCAGUAAGCUCACCUUCGUGGGGGAACUUGCCCACGGCCGCUUCAGUGCCAAGAUGGACCACCUGGUGUGCUUCCUGCCAGGGACGCUGGCUCUGGGCGUCUACCACGGCCUGCCCGCCAGCCACAUGGAGCUGGCCCAGGAGCUCAUGGAGACUUGUUACCAGAUGAACCGGCAGAUGGAGACGGGGCUGAGUCCCGAGAUCGUGCACUUCAACCUUUACCCCCAGCCAGGCCACCGGGACGUGGAGGUCAAGCCGGCAGACAGGCACAACCUGCUGCGGCCAGAGACCGUGGAGAGCCUGUUCUACCUGUACCGCGUCACAGGGGACCGCAAGUACCAGGACUGGGGCUGGGAGAUUCUGCAGAGCUUCAGCCGGUUCACGCGGGUCCCCUCGGGUGGCUAUUCGUCCAUCAACAAUGUCCAGGACCCUCAGAAGCCUGAGCCCAGGGACAAGAUGGAGAGCUUCUUCCUGGGGGAGACGCUCAAGUAUCUGUUCUUGCUCUUCUCUGACGACCCAAACCUGCUCAGCCUGGACGCCUACGUGUUCAACACCGAAGCCCACCCUCUGCCUAUCUGGACCCCUGCCUAGCGGGGAUGGCUGCUGGUGUGGGGACUUCGGGUGGGCAGAGGCGCCUCGCUGGGUCUGUGGCAUUUUCCGAGGGCCACACAGCGCCAGCAACCGCCGAGUGGCCUGGCCUCUGAACUGGCUCUGGGCUCCUCCUUGUCUCUGCUUUAAUCAGGACACCCUGAGGCCAAGUGAGGCCGUCAGUCUUUGUGUGGUGCGGGGUGGGCUGGACCACUGGAGCCUCCGCCUGCCUCCUCCAGAACACACGAACCAUGACUCACAAGCGCUGGAGCCAGAGCAGGUCUCUGGGCCGACCAGAGGGGCUCUGAGGUGGUCCCUGGUACUGUGGGGACCAAGUGGACAGCCCAGGGUGCAGCUCUGCCCAGGCUUGUGAAGCCUCAGAUGCCCCCACCCGAGGGUCUGGAGGGGCUGCCGUGACUCCACAGGCCCGAGGCUCCAGGGCUGGCUCUGCUGUUUACAAGCUGGACUCAGGGAUCCUCCUGGCCGUCCCGCAGGGGGCUUGGAGGGCUGGACGGCAAGUCCAUCUGGCUCACGGGCCCCUCCAGUGGAAUGGGUCUUUUCAGUGAAGAUAAAAAUUGAUUUGCUCUAA